UGGCUAGCGUUCGGCGCGAAAGUAUCACUUGAUAUAUUGGCAACAUGAAUUUUCAAUUUUUGUUGGCGUUCUCAAUAUUUCUAAGCUUUGCAAAUGGAUAUAAAAUUCUAUUUCUGGCACCAAUGAAUGGAAAAAGCCAUUUUUUGUAUAUAUCAUCAUUCGUAAAAGCUUUAAUUGGACGCGGUCAUGAAGUUACAUUUUUGACUAGUAAUUCAUUGCGAAAUUUAAAUUUGCCGAAUUAUACAGAAGUGCUAGUGGAUCCGCCACUUGAAAUGAGUGCAAUGGUAAAACAAGAUGAUUUUGUGGACAUGGCUUCGGCCUCUAUUUUUUCGUGCGUUCAUUUGUUGAGAGAUAUGCCAAGAAUAUUCAAUCCAUAUACACUUCAAAAUGCAAAUAUCCAAAAAUUCAUUCAUAGCACAGGACUUCACUUUGACUUAGUUAUCAAUGAAGAGUUUUACGGUGACAGCAUGUUGAUGUUUGCUCAUAAAUUCAAAGCCCCAAUUAUAACGAUUUGCCCAUUCGGAGUUCCAGAGUACAUUGAUCGACAACAAGGCUUAUUAACUCCAAUUAGCUUUGUGCCACAUUGGAUGUUACCAUUUUCGGAUAAUAUGACGUUUUAUGAGAGAUUCCUUAAUCUCAUAUUGAAUGCUUAUGAUUGGGCAGUGCGUCGAUACCAAUUUAUUCCGACAGAAGAAGAGUAUGUCCAAAAAUAUUUUGCUCACUUAGCACCAUUACCGUCAAUUGAUGAAUUACAUAAAAACGUGUCAUUGGUUUUGGUUAAUUCACAUCGUGCUCUCUCUCCACCGCGUCCUUCAAUGCCAAGUAUAAUAAGCAUUGGAGGUGCUCAUAUAAAACCAGCCGAACCAUUGCCAAAAGAAAUUCAAACAUUUAUCGAUGGAGCGAAACAUGGUGUCAUAUACUUCAGCUUGGGCACAGUGUUAAAAUCAUCCAAGCUACCAAAAGAGAAACUAGACGCAUUCCUUGGCACAUUCAAAUCUCUUAAGCAACGUGUAUUGUGGAAAUUCGAAGAUGACUCAAUCAAGAAUGUUCCAUCGAAUGUUAUGAUCAAAAAAUGGAUGCCACAAAAUGAUAUUCUUGCUCAUCCGAAAGUAAUUUUAUUUAUUUCACAUGGCGGUCUGUUUGGUACAUCUGAAUCGCUCUACCAUGGUGUACCACUGUUGUUGAUUCCGUUCUUCGGAGAUCAACAUCGCAAUGCACACCGAAUUCAAACAGCCGGCUACGGUCAAUUCAUGCCAUUUCCAGAGGUCAACAAAGACUCAUUUUCAAAGACAAUCAAUGAACUCCUUUCCGACGAAUCUUAUUUAACCAAAGCUAAGGAAACAUCAGCAAUUUUCAAAGAUAAUUUGGUGAAUCCAAUGGACGAGGCUAUGUUUUGGAUCGAGCAUGUGUGCAGAUUUAAAGGCGCAAAACAUCUGAAAUCACACGCUAUCAACAUGUCAUGGUUCACAUAUCUAUCGCUAGAUAUUAUUCUAGCUAAUGUGGUCAUAUUAUUGGCGGGUGUUUUGGUGCUUUACAAGAUAAUUUGUGCAUUGGUUUCACGAAAGAAACAGACAACGGCACCUGGGAAGAAACAAAAGUGAAAUGUAUAUGAAAGAGUGAAGCAGAGAUUUUUUUUUUGUUAAAAAUAUUCCUUCAAAUGCAGUGUACAAACAUAAAUCUUAUUUUGAUUGAAUUUAAACUUUAAUGUAUCCGUACAAACAAUAUUUUUAAUAAAUUGGGUUGAAAAUGUAA